GGUUUCCAUGACCCUGUCUAUCUUUGAGCUCUUCAAUGGGGUCUGCAACAUCUGCUGUUCGCUUAUAAGCUCCAACCACAGAAAUUGUCUUCAUCAGGACUUGAAUUAUUUGGAACUUGACUUAAUAUUGUGAUGGCUAAGGAUGAGAUUAGCCAGUCUUUGCUUUUGGAUGUGAAAGAUUCCUCAUUGGAUUUCAUCAAGAAGGAAGUCUUCCUAAGAAAGAAGCAUAGGCAUUAUGCUAGCGCUCCUCUAAUCGAUGAAGGAUCUAAGGAGAGAAGCGGUAUUCUGUCUUUUAUAAAUUUGGAAUCAAUAUUAGCACAACAGAGUUCUAGGCAUGUGUUCUUUUUAUUAGCUGCAUAUCUGGGUAUAGGCACCCUUUGUUUUUUCCUCAUCAGAAAUCAGCUUGAAGGUAAAAAACCAAUUGGGGUUAUUGAUGCUAUAUACUUCUCUGUUGUGACAAUGACCACUGUUGGAUAUGGGGAUAUUGUGCCCCAUAGUGCCUUGGCAAAGUUACUUGCCUGUGUUUAUGUCUUUGCUGGUAUGCUUCUUGUUGGGCUAAUUCUAGGUAAGGCAGCAGACUAUAUGUUGGAGAAGCAGGAAGUUCAUUUGGUUAGAGCCAUGAACAUGAAAGCAAAGUUUGGUCAGACUGAGAUUCUCAAGGAAGUUGAAAUCAAUAGAGUAAAAUAUAAAUUUAUUAAUGCUACAUUGCUUCUUUUGAUGCUUAUAAUUAUAGGUACUUUAUUCUUGUGUAUGGUUGAAGAAAUGGACAUCAUUGAUGCCUUUUAUUGUGUUUGUUCCACCACGACUACUCUUGGCUAUGGAGAUAAGAGCUUCUCAACUGAAGCAGGGCGCAUUUUCGCUGUUUUCUGGAUAUUGAGCAGUACAGUUUGUUUGGCCCAGUUCUUUCUGUACCUGGCUGAAUUAUACACUGGGAAAAGGCAAAGAACACUUGUUAAACGGGUUCUCACCCGUAAACUGACUUUCACAGACCUUGAGCGGGCAGACCUUGAUCAAGAUGACGUAGUCAGUCCUGCUGAGUUCAUUGUAUAUAAGCUAAAGGAAAUGGAAAAGAUUACCCAGGAAGAUAUUAUGUUAUUGAUGGAAAGGUUUAGAAAUCUUGAUGUCAAUCAAUCAGGAACUCUGACUGCUGCAGAUUUGGUGCCAUCUGAAGCUUCUUAGUUUCAGUUAGUAUGUAACUGAAUAGUAUUCUUCAAGAUGCAAUGAAAUUCAGAAAUUGUGCUGUAACCAAGCAGGAGGUGUUGGUUCCACGCUUGUACAAAUGUUGUUCGAUUUCACAAUUAAAGGAACAUCCAAUUUAUAGAUCUUAUAUUGAUUAAGAGAUGUUCCAAAGGAAAUUUAUGAC